AUGGAGCAGGGGAGAGGGCGGAGGAAGAGGAAGCAAUCCGUGGACUGGUCAGGCCUCCCCAGUUCCGCCCUCUUCUCCAUCCUGCAGCGCCUCACCGUCUUCAGGGACUUCUUCGCCUUCGGCGGGGUCUGUAGGGCAUGGCGUUCCAUCUCCAACCCCGUCCUGGCGAAUCUCAUGGCGUCCCAGCCGCCUCUGCUCUGCUCCGCCGGCGGCCACCACUUCUACAGCUUCUCCCAGGACAGAUUCCACCGGAGCAACCUCCCCGGGUUGCGCCGGAAAAGCUCCGUGGUCCUCGGCUUCUCCCAUGGUUACCUGAUUCUAGGGCACAGCGGCCCCCGCCGGAAGAUAUGGCUCGCCAAUCCCUUCACCGGAAAGGAGAUCACCUUCCUCCCGCCGAUCCCCUGCUCCUGCUCUGUGGAGUGGGCCGCCAUGACUGCUCCUCCAGAUCUUCCACAGUCUCUGAUCAUGGCGUGGUGCCACCACACCAUCAUCUACUGCCGUCCCGGGAAUCUCAGCUGGUCCAUCUACUGGUGCGAGACGGAGGAAGAGAGAGCUUGCAGUCGAUGCCCGGUGGUUCUAAAGGGGGCAGUCUACGGGCGGAGUACUCUCAGCGGGAAGCUGCUGAAAUUUGAAUUCCUUCCCGGGCCUAGAGUUUCCCGACUGGGGGCGAAGGAUCUUCUUCCGGGAAGUUCCAGCGUCUGGUUGGCCAUCUCCGGAGGAGAGAUCAUGGCAGUUUUAGGUGGAUCUGCAGACGGCUUUGUGGUCUACCGGCUGGAUCAUGGAGAAUGGGCGAGGGUGGAAGACCUUGGAGAUCGAGCGAUCUUCAUCACUCCCACUGGAUCUGGUACUACAGACGAGUGCCCUAGUAAAUGGGGAGGGGAGGGGAACUGCAUCUAUUACCAUCUUCCCCUAGAGCGGGGAGUGAAGGUCUUCCGCAUGGGAGGAGGCUCCGACUCUGAGAGGGUUUCUCUUCCGAGUUCAAGCUCCCGCCAUGGAUUAUCCUGGUCCAUCUGGGUUCUGCCUGGUCUGUGCUGCUGAGGAAGCUCUCGGUCCUCCCGGUUGGACACUGCAAGUGGAUGGGUUCGAUGAAGGCAAGGCUAAUGAGCUUCGUCACCGUCGGCGUGUUCUUCGGGAACCCUAAUCUCCUUCUGCAUCCCUCAGUCCUGCUCAGUGGAACAGGUAACAGAUAG